GUGGGAAAGGCCGAAGCCUCGGCGCCCCUUCGUCAUGCGCACAAAGAAAGAUCUUAUUUUCGAUAUUCCUCGAUGGCCGACGCUCCGCAGUCGACGCCGGCGCCGCCGACAAAGGAAGCUGGCACGUUCAACUGGAACGAGAUUCUUCGCGUCCAGAACCUCAUCGAGCGGUGUCUCCAGCAGUGCAUGUCCCAGACCGACAUCAUUUCGACGCUUCAGACGCAAGCCAACGUCGACCCGACGUUUACGCGCACCGUGUGGCAAAAGCUCGAGGAGCAGAACCCGUCCUUCUUUCACGCGUACACGGCGCAUUUGCAGCUGAAAGAGCAGAUCUUAGCGUUCAACUACCUCGUCGCCCAGCAGCGCGAGAUGACGGAGAAGGGCAUUAUGAAAUCGUCGUCGUCGUGUCCUGGCCACAACAACAACCAGCGUAGCAACCAGUACCUCCACGAGGACCCGCGCAAGACGGAUGUGUUCCCCGGGUUUAAGCGCGAGCCGCUGCUUUCGCCGAUCAAAACCGACCUCGACACGUGCUCGUUCUUUACUUAAUCUAACGCGAUGCCGUCGUC